AUGAUUUCUCACUUCUUUGUUCUAUCGCAGAGAGGGGAUAGUAUCGUCUUCCGCGACUAUCGCGGUGAAGUAGCCAAGGGGAGUGCGGAGGUUUUCUUCCGGAAGGUGAAGUUUUGGAAGGAGGAUGGAGAGGGGGACGCGCCACCUGUCUUUGAUGUGGGUGGUGUGCACUACUUUCACGUGAAGGAGGCUGGAUUGUUCUUUGUUGCGACGACGAGAGGGAAUGUGUCGCCUUCUCUGGUCCUGGAGCUUUUGAGGAGGACUGCGCGAGUCAUUAAAGAUUACCUUGGUGUUCUUAGCGAAGAAUUGUUGCGGAAAAACUUUGUGCUUGUGUAUGAGUUGCUGGACCAAGUAAUUGAUUUUGGUUAUGUGCAAACAACUUCGACUGAGGUUUUGAAGUCGUACGUGUUCAAUGAGCCAAUUCCCGUUGAUGCUGAACAUUUAAAACCCCUUGGUCCUGCUGCGAUUUUUAUGGCGAAAAGAAUGCCUGUAACAACGAUUGCAAAAUCUGUUCUAGCAAAUGAACGUGGUGGUAGGAAGAGAGAGGAAAUUUUUGUGGACAUAAUUGAGAAUCUGAGUGUCACGUUCAGUUCCAGUGGGUAUAUACUGACUUCCGAAAUUGAUGGUACCAUUCAAUUGAAGAGUUAUCUGACAGGCAAUCCAGACAUCCGACUUGCUCUUAAUGAGGAAGUGAGCAUAGGAAGAGAUGGAGGUUCAACUUGUGAUUAUGGUAGUUCGUUUGGAUCAGGACCUGUUGUACUUGAUGAUUGUAACUUCCAUGAAUCUGUACGCCUUGGUAAUUUUGACGUGGACAGAACAUUAACACUGGGUUCAACAGUUGGUGAAUUUCCUGUCAUGAAUUACCGCAUAACACAGGAAUUUAAGCCUCCCUUUCGUAUUAAUGUGUUAAUUGAAGAAUCAGGGCCCCUUAAGGCUGAAGUGACUAUUAAAGUGCAUGCUGAAUUCCCAUCGAGCAUCAUCGCAGAUAAAAUUAUGGUACAGUUACCAGUGCCACCAUAUACAACUAGGGUUAGUUCUGAGUUGGAACCUGGAACAGUUGGAAACACAACUGACUUCAAGGAAGCAAACAAGAGAAUUGAAUGGGGUUUAAAGAAGAUUGUUGGUGGAUCUGAACAUACUUUACAUGCGAAACUGACAUUUGCACAGAAAUUACAUGGUAAUAUUACCAAGGAAGCUGGACCUGUAAGCAUGACUUUCACAAUACCCAUGUACAAUGCUUCAAGGCUUCAGGUAAAAUACUUGCAUAUAUCAAAGAAGUCGAAGAACUACAAUCCAUAUAGCUGGGUGAGAUACAUCACGCAGUCAAAUUCCUAUGUUGGCCGGUUAUAAUCUUCUUUCUUGUUCUCUUCU